UAUGCAUUGAGGUUCGAGGUUGCAAAACUAGAACUUAAGUUACACUUUCAGUAACGUUGCUUAAAAAUAUAUCGAAAUUUCCAGCAUAAAGAUGAAGAACAUAUUCAUUGGAGCAGUUCUUCUUAGCGCUCAAUUAUUCUUGGUUUCCACUGCUCCCAUAGUUCCAGAACAGGAGAAUUGUGUAGAAGGCGAACCAAUGGAGGGUCAGCGUCAACCAGAUGUAAACAUAACCAUCUUACCGUCCACUGAAAUCCCUGAGUUGAGUCCAGUGGAAAUCGUUUGUGAUGCGGACUUGGCUCGUUUCCCAGCAAAUUUAACGCCACCUGCAACGGCUCCUGUUAAAAUUACCAUCCGAAUUGGGAUAUACAAUGUGAAGGAAUGCAAAAAUAACGUUGGAGUUUUCCAAUGCAAUUAUAGUGUGUCCAGUUUCAUUCCUGGAAUACCACAAAGAAUUAGUUGCACUGCCUCAACAGAGGAUAGGCAGUGUCGCUUCAAGACAGCUAGUAUUACCAUCGCACAAGAACCAACAACACCGAGUGGAAAUGUUACUUCAACAACUUCUCCACCAACAACUUCUGCACCAGCAACACCACCUACGCCAACAGGUGACAGUGCAAGUACGCCAGUGACAACGCCAGUUAUCCCGCCAACACCACCAACAACAACAGCCACACCAACACCGACGGAAGACGGUGACAGCGAUGACGACAGCGAUGACGACAGCGAUAGUGACGAUAGCGACAGUGAUAGUGAUAGCGAUAGUGACUGAAAUUUCCAGCUGAAAUAGCAAAUCAUGAAGUCCAAGAGAAUACGAUAAUCAUAUUUUAUAUUCAUCUAUAUAUUCAUCGUAAAAUUAAAAAAACAACAAUUUUUUAACCUCGAAGAAAGCAUGUGAGCAAAUUUGUUAUUGUUAUUGAAAUACAAAAAUAUACAUU